GGUUGUGGUGCAAGCAUAAAAAUGCUGUAAAAACGUGGAACAUAAGCGUUAGCGGAACCUAUUGGAACUAGCUGGACUCCUGCCGGAGAGCAUUUUAUGUUGCCCACUUCCCGUGUUUAUGUCACGUGUUGGAGCCGGCUAACUGCAGCAUGGCGGAGACCGAGCAAUCUGUGGGACCUAAUGCAAAGGGCAAAAACAAGAAACGCCAGACCCAGCCGGUGGAGGAAUCUGAACUUCUUACUGUCCCUGAUGGCUGGAAAGAAGAUCCUUUUACAAAGGAAGAUAACCCAAGAGGAUUACUGGAAGAAAGCAGUUUUGCUACAUUGUUCCCCAAAUAUCGAGAGGCUUACUUAAAAGAAUGCUGGCCGCUAGUUCAAAAGGCAUUAAAUGAAAGUUUUGUUAAAGCAGAGCUGGAUUUGAUUGAAGGCAGCAUGACUGUCACUACAACCAAGAAGACUUUUGAUCCAUAUGUUAUCGUUCGAGCCAGAGACUUGAUAAAGUUGCUUGCCAGAAGUGUUCCGUUUGAGCAGGCAGUAAGAAUACUACAGGAUGAUAUGGCUUGUGACAUUAUUAAAAUAGGCUCCUUAGUUCGAAACAGGGAAAGAUUUAUCAAAAGGAGACAACGGCUUCUGGGACCAAAGGGAUCAACUUUAAAGGCACUGGAGCUUCUUACAAACUGUUAUAUUAUGGUUCAGGGUAACACAGUGUCUGCGUUGGGGCCAUUUAGUGGAUUAAAAGAGGUUAGAAAAGUAGUUUGGGAUACAAUGAAGAACAUUCAUCCAAUAUAUAAUAUUAAGGCUUUAAUGAUAAAACGUGAGCUGGCAAAGGAUCCAGAAUUAAGAUCCAAAAGCUGGGAGAGAUUUCUGCCACAAUUUAAGCAUAAGAAUGUAAGCAAGCGAAAAGAACCAAAAAAGAAGAGUGUAAAGAAAGAUUAUACACCAUUUCCACCACCACAACCUGAAAGCCAGAUUGACAAAGAACUGGCUAGUGGUGAAUAUUUCCUCAAAGAAAGUCAGAAGAGGAGGAAAAAACUGGAAGAAGUAAAGACAAAACAGGCAGAGGCAGUGACUAAAAGGCAAGAAGAAAGAAACAAAGCCUUUAUACCACCUAAGGAGAAACCAAUAACCAAGCCACAGAAAGCUUCCACUUCAGCUAAAAUUGAUGUGAAUGCAAUCAAAGAUAAGGUAAAGAAAGCAAAAGGAAAGAAACUUGGUGCUCUGCCUGAGGAGGAAGUAAAAAAGAAACUCUCUGAAAAGAAAAAGAAGAAAUAACUGUAGUCCCGAAUAAUUUGCAGAGAUAUGAAACUCAAAGACUUUUUCCUGAAAAUUGCCACUUUCUUCAGGACCUACAACAGUGUGUAUAGAAUAAGCAUGGAAAGGCGAAAAAGCAAAUACCCAUGUCAGUUCUUGCUUUGAAACAUAAACAAGUCCAAGCUUAAAUUAUUAUAGAAAGCCUAUUGGGUUUUAUAUAGAGGUAACUUUGUAAAUAUCCUCAUUAUAAUCAUAUGUUAUUAUACAGUUUCAUUUUUUUAAGAUACUUUAUCUAUCACUUAGAAUUAGGCUAUUACCAACCUGUAAUGUUAUUUGAAAUUGCAAUCCAAUCAAAUUUGGUUGGAAAAGUGUGAGCUGUCACUAAAGCCUAAUGAAAAAAUAAUAAAAAGGACAUUUUAUAAAUAGCAGUAAUGAAAUAUCGGUGAACAUUUUCUAAUUGGAUACUUUUAACAUGCAAAGAACACAUCAUUUAAUAUAAAUUGGUUCUCCUACAGUUAA